AUGAUAAUCCACUUACAAGGCAAUAAUACUUAUACUAAUAAUAAAAAUAGUUUGACUCAAAACGAUUUUCAUGAUUGUCCAUUACUAUUAGAUAAUAUUAUUGAUUUAAACACCGUAGAAGAUAAAAUUGCUGGCGAUCAUCAAUUUAAAUCACUUUUGGUUAACAAGUUUUCAUAUAUUGGUGGAAAACAUGUAAAAGCUAUGGUUAAAAGACUUAUGUCAAAAUUGUUUACUGACAAUCUUUUAUCUGAUUAUUCUUAUACUGGUAAAAAGGGUAAAAAACCAUUCUCAACACUUUUCAUCUGUUCAGUUAUAUUUGAUGCUAUUAAAAAACAAGUUAAAUUCUCAAAUAUUCCUAAAAAUGAAAUUGAAGAAACAAUCAACCGUGUAUUAGCUCAAGCUCCGUUCAACAUCAAAAGACAUCAGGACAAAACAACUAUUGUACGAUCAGUUUGA